GAACCAGGGACAGAAAGCGGUAGCUGAUUUAGUGGAACGUAGAAAUGCAGAUGCCGCGGGCAGGCGGAACGAUGAAAGCGGAGUCGCUAGGUUUCGGCCCGGAAUUUGAGAGCCGCUUCCGUUGCCCAGCGGAAGUGUGGGUCUGAGGACGACGACUCGCAGGAGUCCGCUUGCUGCGGUGUGCACAGUCGGAAUCAUGUCGAGUUUGGCGGUGAGAGACCCGGCAAUGGAUCGAUCACUGCGUUCCGUGUUCGUGGGGAACAUUCCGUAUGAGGCAACCGAGGAGCAGUUAAAGGACAUUUUUUCGGAGGUUGGUUCUGUUGUCAGUUUCCGGCUUGUAUACGAUAGAGAGACUGGGAAACCCAAGGGUUAUGGCUUCUGCGAGUACCAAGACCAGGAGACCGCGCUUAGUGCCAUGCGGAACCUGAAUGGGCGGGAGUUCAGCGGCCGAGCGCUGCGGGUGGACAAUGCUGCCAGCGAAAAGAACAAGGAGGAGUUAAAGAGCUUAGGGCCUGCAGCGCCCAUCAUUGACUCGCCCUAUGGGGACCCCAUCGAUCCAGAGGACGCCCCUGAGUCAAUUACCAGAGCAGUCGCUAGUCUCCCCCCGGAGCAGAUGUUUGAGCUGAUGAAGCAGAUGAAGCUCUGUGUGCAAAACAGCCACCAGGAAGCUCGAAACAUGUUACUUCAAAACCCUCAGCUGGCUUAUGCGCUGUUGCAGGCACAAGUAGUGAUGAGAAUCAUGGAUCCAGAGAUUGCUCUGAAAAUUCUGCAUCGCAAGAUACAUGUUACACCACUGAUCCCAGGCAAAGCUCAGCCUGUCUCUGGCCCGGUCCCUGGCCCGGGCCCGGGCCCGGGCCCUGGCCUCUGCCCAGGACCUAAUGUUUUGCUGAACCAGCAGAACCCCUCAGCUCCUCAGCCUCAGCAUUUGGCUAGAAGACCUGUGAAGGACAUUCCUCCUCUGAUGCAGACACCUAUUCAGGGUGGAAUUCCUGCCCCGGGGCCCAUGCCAGCUGCAGUUCCUGGACCUGGUCCUGGUUCUUUAACUCCUGGUGGAGCUAUGCAGCCCCAAAUUGGAAUGCCAGUGGUUGGUCCAGUGCCUUUAGAGCGGGGACAGGUACAGAUGUCGGAUCCUAGAGCUCCUAUGCCUCGUGGACCCAUGACUGCUGGUGGACUACCUCCUAGGGGACUGUUAGGAGAUGCUCCAAAUGACCCACGUGGAGGGACUUUGCUUUCAGUCACUCACACUGGAGAAGUAGAGCCCAGAGGCUAUCUUGGGCCACCUCAUCAGGGUCCCCCCAUGCACCAUGCCCCUGGACAUGACAGCCGUGGCCCUUCCUCACAUGAAAUGAGGGGAGGGCCAUUAGCUGAUCCCAGAAUGCUAAUUGGGGAGCCCAGAGGACCAAUGAUAGAUCAGAGGGUUCUACCUCUGGAUGGUAGAGGUAGUAGAGACUCUCGAGGGAUGGAGACCCGAGCAAUGGAAACUGAGGUAUUAGAGACACGAGUGAUGGAGAGAAGAGGAAUGGAGACCUGUGCAAUGGAAACCAGAGGGAUGGAAGCAAGAGGCAUGGAUGGAAGAGGAAUGGAGAUACGGGGCCCUGGCCCCAGUUCAAGAGGCCCUAUGACAAGUGGUAUCCAGGGUCCUGGUCCCAUUAAUAUGGGGGCAGGUGGUCCUCAGGGACCCAGGCAGGUCCCAAGCAUUUCAGGGGUAGGAAAUCCUGGAGCUGGCAUGCAGGGAGCAGGCAUGCAAGGAGCGGGUAUGCAGGGAGCAGGUAUGCAAGGAGCGGGUAUGCAGGGAGCAGGCAUGCAAGGAGCAGGCAUGCAGGGAGCAGGCAUGCAAGGAGCAGGCAUGCAGGGAGCAGGCAUGCAGGGAGUAGGCAUGCAGGGAACAGGCAUGCAGGGAACAGGCAUACAGGCAUCUGGCAAGCAAAGUGGAGGCCAGCCUAGCAGUUUUAGUCCUGGGCAGAGCCAGGUAACUCCACAGGAUCAAGAAAAGGCAGCUUUGAUCAUGCAGGUUCUUCAACUGACUGCAGAUCAAAUUGCCAUGUUGCCUCCUGAGCAAAGGCAGAGUAUUCUGAUUUUAAAGGAACAAAUACAGAAAUCUACUGGAGCUUCUUGAAAGGUUUUAGAAAAUACUUGGCAGUAAUCCCAGAAAGGUUUUUUGUAGCGUGGACAAUGGGUGCAAAAAGCUGACUUCUGCAUCCCCACAGUUGAAUGAUUAGGGUUUCCCUCCUGCCAGAACCUAAUCUCAAUUCUUCUUGUCUUUUUGUUUUUGUUUUUAUUUUUAAUUGGGAGGGGGAAGAGGGAGUGGGUCUGUUCACCUUAGUUCACUGUAAAUAUACAAAAAUAACUCUGAAAAUGAUACUAUACCGAAUAAGAUUACAAAGAAUAUGUAGCAGUAUUAAAAGUGGAAAAAAUAUUGAGUAAAACGAUAUGAAAUCUUUACAUAAAGACUAAAGGAUGACCUGUUAAAAUGCUGAUUUACCAAGAUUGUUUAAGAUUUUGGGUUUUGUAAGAAAACAAGUUUACCUCUAAAAUACAGGAUUUUUCUGGUAAAUCAUUUAAAAUACAAAAUCCUAUUUUAGGGGCAAUAGAAUGUUGUAUUAGUUUAAGUAUUCUUUCAGUGUUUUGGAAUUAUUUUGAAAUGUUAGAGUUAACAGGAUAAAUUUAAACUUGUGGUAUUGGAAUUGUUUUUUCUAAAGCUAUGCUACCUGAAAUAUCAACGAAUAUAUCUGGUAUAAUGUUUUACUUAUCUCACCCUUUAGAAGCCAGCGAUAUUCUGGCCUGGCCCUGAACAUGAUUAUUUUACUGGGACAGUUCUAAGAUCAACCAGGUUACUUAAGUCUCCUCUGAUGGGACUCAGUGUAUCUCUCCGUACCUUCCUAUUUCUCAAUAGUUCUUAAGCCCUAAAUCUGAAGCUGAGCUGUUCUCUCACAUCCUUCCCUAAAACCGGUGCCUAGGGACCAGUUUAUCUGGGUGAAUUAUGGAUCGCAUUGGGCUUUUCAUAAAUAGUAAAGGGUUUCAUGCAAGUGGAGCUCUGCUUCUUGGUAUCUAGCUUUCAUAUACAGAUGAUCCCAUCCGGUCAACCAGAAACAGGAAUUAAAAAUCUUAGUCUCAGCAACAUUUAACAUACCUUUUAGUUUUCUUAUAUUAAAAUCUGUGUGUCUAUCACUUUCUUAUCAAGAUAAUUGAACCCCAGGUAGGUAGGUAAAUUCUCGUAGCCUAAAUCUUCUGUUCAGUGGGGUACUAGUCAUUACUUUUUACACCUCAUAAAGCCAUUUAGUUCUAAUAUAUAUACCAUUAAGACAUAGUUAAAAUUCAGUAGAAAGGUGGGGCUUAUCACAUUUCCUUCAAGCUACUACCUAAUUUAUUUUUAAGCCUUAAGGAUGUAGACAUAAAGUAUACCAUCAACCACUAGUUAACAGAAACAAAUAUCCAAAUAGUCAGGUGAUCUUACUCUGGAGAAAAAAACAAGAACUAGUUAUAAAGGGGGAAAUGUCUAAUACAAGGAGAGAACUGAGACUUGGAAAUUGAAUUAUGUUUCCUUUGCAAGGUUUAUACAUCUUAAAUGGGUACGAAGUUUUCAUCCCUACACCGGUGUUUCCAGCUACCCGUUUACUCCUGUUUUUACUGUUAAUUUUCCUAUAGCAUGUAUCCUAUAUGCUUCCCCUAGAUUGGAAAGGAUAACUCUUUACAUGUGUGGUAGUUCUGUAUAAUACUCAUUCACAAAGUUGGUGUGAUUACUUUGAAAUUAUAGUUCCUUUAUCCCAAAGCUUUCAUGAAGGACUCUAAAUGAAAACCAUUAAAUGUUAUGUUCUUUUGUUGUAGUAAAAUCUCUGCAUUGUUUAAUGAAGUCUUAAUAAAAAGGAUGCACAAUAUCUAA